UGUCCACCCACCCUAAUGAUAAAUGGCGAGCUAAAGUAGAUUCCCACCAAAAGGCGCUUCAAAGGCUUGUAAGAAGUUGCUCCUUGUUUUCUUUUCAUUCCUUUUUGUAUUUGCUUUUCCAUCUUCAAUAAUUGUGCAGAGCUGCAUCUGCUUCUCUACUUAAGACUAAUGGACAUCUUUUCUGUAUCAGAUCAAUUGCAUACAGUACUUCUUCUUCAAUGGCAUUCAGUUUACCCUCUUCUUCGUCCGCCUCUUUUUCUUCCAAUCUUAAAUGGUCUUACGAUAUAUUCUUGAGUUUUAGAGGAAUAGAUACUCGCAAUACUUUUGUUGCUCAUCUAUACCCUGCUCUAUGUCAAAGGGGAAUCAAAACCUACAUAGAUGACAAAGAUCUUGAAAGAGGAGAGACAAUUUCACCUACACUUCUCAAAGCCAUAGAGGAGUCAAUGAUUUCUAUCAUUGUAUUAUCUUCAAACUAUGCAUCAUCUACAUGGUGCUUGGAGGAGCUAAUGAAGAUCCUUGAGUUUAAGAAAACAAAACAACAAAUUGUUUUACCAGUGUUUUACCAUGUAAAUCCAUCAGAAAUACGAAAUUUGAGAGGAGGUUUUGGAGAAGCAUUGGCUAAACAUCAGGAGAGGUUCAAGGAGGACCCGAAGGUGCAAAGGUGGAAGGAAAGCCUACAAGAGGUUGCCGAUUUGGCUGGAGAACAUUUGGAAGACGGGGAUGAAUAUGAAUUUAUGCAUAAAAUCAUUGAAUGGGUAGACUCGAAAAUAAUUAAAUAUACAUACGAGUUAGACAUUGCUGAGUAUCCAAUUGGACUAGAGUCUCGUCUAAAAGACUUGAAUACUAAUUUAGAAAUUGGAACGAAUGACAUUACUCUCAUGAUAGGGAUUUAUGGAAUUGGUGGAAUUGGUAAAUCAACUAUCGCCAAAGCAUUGUUUAACUCAAUUGGACAUCAAUUUGAAGCUAGAUGUUUUCUAGCAAAUGUUAGACAGAUUUCAAGUCGAGAGGAGGGUCUGGUCAAACUACAAGAGAAACUUCUUUAUGAUCUCUUAGGAAACUUUGGAAGUUUUAAUAUUGGCGGUCAUGUUGGAGGUACUAAUGUUAUAAAGCAUAGACUUUGCUCUAAAAGGGUACUUAUAAUUCUUGAUGAUGUGAAUGAGUUGAACCAAUUAAAAGAACUAGCUGGAAAUCAUAAUUGGUUCGGUCCAGGAAGUAGAAUAGUAAUCACAACAAGAGAUCAACAUCUAUUAACUUCUCAUCAGGUUGAUUCAACGUAUGAAGUGCAGGGAUUGGACAACAACCAAGCUACUCAACUAUUUAGUUGGCAUGCAUUGAAAAGAGAGAAGCCAGUUGAAAGUCAUGUAAAACUCACAACAUGUAUAAUAGGUUAUGCUAAGGGCCUUCCACUAGCUCUUACAGUGCUUGGUUCAUAUUUGCUUGGUAGAAGUAUACAAGAAUGGGAGAGUGCAUUGAAAAAGUAUGAAAGAAGUCUUCACAAGGAUAUUUAUGAAAUUCUUAAAAUAAGCUAUGACGGGCUAGAUGGUAAUGAAAAGAAUAUUUUCCUUGACAUUGCAUGUUUCUUCAGUGGGAAGUCUGUUGAAUAUGUCACGAAAAUACUAGACAGUUGUCAUUUUUCGUCAUCUAUUGGCAUUGCAAGGCUUAAAGAUAAGUGUCUCAUCAAUAUUAAUCGUUAUCAAAGUGUGGACAUGCAUGACUUAUUGCAAGAAAUGGGUAAAGAGAUUGUUCGACAAGAAUCGCCUAAAGAAGCUGGCAAGCGUAGUAGAUUGUUGUUUCAUGAAGAUGUUCGCCAUGUAUUAGAAGAAAAUACGGGAACAAACAAAAUUGAAGCUAUUUUGUUAGAUUUUCCUGAAGGCCAUGAUGAGAUGAUAUGCUUGCAUUCCAAGGCAUUUAUGAAGAUGAGGAAUCUUCGAUUGUUUAUAAACCGGAAUGCACAAUUUUCUGCAAGACCGAAGUAUCUCUCUAAUGUGAUAAGAGUGCUUGAUUGGCCUAAAUAUCCCUCGUCAUAUUUGCCUUCUAAUUUUCGUGGAAAUAAUCUCGUUGAAUUUCGAAUGCCUAAUAGCCUCAUCAAGGAGUUAGGCGGCCUAAAAUUAAAGAACUUGAGAGUUAUGAAUUUAAGCGAUUGUAAGUUCUUAACAAAAAUUCCUGAUCUUUCAAGUAGCCCAAAUUUAAAGACGUUGGAUCUUGAAUAUUGUAAGAACUUAGUUGAGGUUCAUCAUUCCGUUGGAUUCCUUGAUAAGCUUUGUUGGUUUUCUGCUAUUGGAUGCUGCAAGCUUAGGAUUGUACCGAAAAGAUUCAAGUUGAGGUCUCUAAGUUUUCUUUCACUUCGUAAUUGCUCGAGUCUCGAAGACUUUCCAGAGUUUGAAAUAUGUGAAACGGAAUUUUUACAUGAUUUACAUGUUCGUAGAACAAUUGGCGAACUUACUCGGCUUUCGGUAUUCUAUGCAACAGGCUGCAAAUACACAAGCCACCAUGUGCAUCUCCCAUCUAGCAUUAGAAAACCAAUAAAAAUUUUUCAGUUGCAAAGUCUACGUUCGUUCGAAGUACUCGAAGGCUGUUCACAACCAAUAAACAUUAGACAGGUGGAAGAGGAUGGUACACAAUCCAUGCCAUAUGUUGUGUCUACAUACGAAGAAUGUGAAAUUGCAUCAACUACUGCAGAAUUGACUCCGACAAAUUCAAGCAUUUUUAAUGAUGCAGGUUCCUCCUCAAGCAUGAUUUGGAAAUCACUACAAGAUUUAAGUCUUCAAUUCUGUUGCCUGUCAAAAUCAAAUUUCUUCACGAAUGGUAAUUACUUUCCCGCAUUGGUUGAGUUAGAUCUAAGUGAGAGUGAUAUUGUUAUCUUUCCAGCUCAAAGCGUCAGAUUUGAUAGGUUGCGAGACCUUUGUUUGAACAAUUGCGAGAAACUUGAAGAAAUUUUACCUCUUCCAUUGAGUAUAGAAAGUGUUGAAGCUCGUGAAUGCGCGUCAUUGGAAAGUUUUGCACUGCUAUCUGAAAUACUUAUUAGAAACAAUGGAACGAAUUUUUCUAACUUCCUAAGGAUUGACUUGUACGGAUGCCACAAACUGCUUGCAAAUAUGAGGCCGAUUCCUUCAUGGGAAGAGAGACAUUCUAAAGAACAAAAUUGGGCAUACCCAAUUAAAGUAAGAGAUACUAGCAUUAUAUUUCCAGGAGAGAGGAUUCCAAGCUGGUUUAGCUAUCGCAAGGAGGCCCAUGAUAGUAAUAUGUGUGAAAUAGAUAUUAAUGGACCACAUCAUUGGAAUGGCAUAGAUGAAAUUGUUUUAUAUGUUGUUUUUGGAUUUAGAGUUGGGAUCACUAACCCAGAAGAGGAGGAGGCUUAUAUUAGUGUUAUAAUCCAUGAUGGCUCUGAUUGGAAGUACUUGUUAUAUAGUAAUCCAGUUAUGACAUUUUCUUGGACGGACUCAGACCAUGUAUCGAUGCAUUGGAUGGGUUACGGUAAACAAGUGGACGUUUCAAGGUUUAGAUUUGAAUGUAACGAGCUCAUGGUAUUAAGAAGGGUUGGGAUCCAUUUCCUAAGGUCUUUGGAUUUAUAGAUGAGUUGAGAUGAUUUGUAAAUAGUAUAAUAAAAUAUUAUUAUAACAUAAUUUUGCAAUAUUAUUAUCGUUUUGAGAUUUGAAAAAGUUGAAUUAUUUAUUA